CCCUCUUUGAUUCAUUGGACAACUGUUCUUGAUGCACGUAUCGUGACGCCUUUGCGCCCGUCCUUUCCGUCCGGCACACCGCACGAGAGACUGGUCUCCGGGACAGACGGGCUAUCCGUCCACCUCCGAAAUAAGGCAUCGACAAUCAGCGUUCCGAGGAAAAUAGACAAACCCUGAAAAAAUCGCGCCCAGCUCGUUAUCGCUACGGCGUGCCUACGACGCGAAUUAAACCCGCAAUUUACGUAAGCACGGCACGGAGAAAGACGGCCAGCUGGAGGAGAGGGGAGACAGCUGGCGGCAGCCGCCACACUGAGAAGAGAUGGAGAUGAUGAAGAAAGAGGAGGAGGAUGAGGAUGAGGAUGAGGAUGAUGAGGAGAAGGAGAAGAAGAAGAAAAAGAAGAAAAAGAGGGUGGUUACUGAAAAGAUCCUGUUUUCUAAAACGAUGGUAACUCCCUGUAGAGAUUUGAAAUUUGUGCCAACUAGUGGCUUGUAGUAAAGGCUGGAGGCUCAAGCGAUGGCCUGGAACACCGAGAUUGCGUAUAUGUGCCAUUUGGUCGUAAAGCAGGCCAGAAAUAGCAAAGUCUUCAACCACACAAACCUUCUGGAUGUGAUGAGAAAAGAUGCACAAGAAGUUGUAGCCCCUUUGUGGCUUGAGUUGUGAUAGUAAGGCACGGGCUUGCAUGUGAGAGGUAUUUGGGGUAUUCUUUUGGACCACCAGGAAAAGGGAAACUGAGUACCCAUCAAGGCGGGCUCGAUCUAUGUCGUUAAUAAAUACUACAGAGGAUUUCUAUAGCUCAUUGCUGGUGUGUUCUAGCAGGGGGUCAGCUUUAAGUCUACUAUACACCAAGCC